CGUCUAUUAGACUUACCUUUUUCUUAUUUUCUUGUCCUUCCCAUCUUCAUGAACUAUGCCUCCUCAGCAGUAUGGUGAUAGCGGUGAGGGUAAUUUGAGUCCGAUUACGCCAAGGUCGGGGACACCGCUUCAGGGUGUGGAACGCCCUUUGCUUUCUUCGAGUCGGCCGUCUAGUUCUCGUUUUGAAGACAAUCCAUACUCCGUAGCGGGUGCGGAAACGCCGCCUCGACCGCCUUACGCACGGUCUUUUUCGGACACUGCGAGUGUAUCUGAACGGUUCUCACUUCAACCGGACCCCAAGACUUGGGGUACCGUGACUAGUCCAGAUGCUCCGGAACCAGACGAUGCAUUGCAUAUGCCUGACCCGCGGCGGGAUAAGACGAUUGAUAUGGGCGGGUCGAUUUGCACGCCCCGUGGGAUUGGGAACCUGGGGUGUUUGUUCGUCAUUUCCGCAGCUAUUUUCGGUAUCUUCGCUGGCUACCCCAUAGCAUCUCACUACAUGAAGAAGCCCAUGUCCAAGCUGGGAGGAUUCAACAUCGGUGGAACGAACAUGUCAGGCCAAAUUCCGCUGCUGGCCGGAAAUUUUGGCUUGAUAGAUGAGGAUACACCCGACGAUGUGAAGAUGAGAACGUCAUAUAUUGAUGGGUCGACGAUGGAACUUGUGUUUUCUGAUGAGUUUAAUCAGGAGGGGAGGUCGUUUUAUCCUGGUGAUGAUCCGUAUUGGGAAGCGGUUGACCUGCACUAUUGGGGAACUAAUAACUUGGAAUGGUAUGACCCAUCGGCGGUUACGACAAAAGAUGGGUAUCUUCACAUAACGUUGUCGAACGUGUCGAAUCAUGGGCUAUACUACAUGGGUGGCAUGAUAACUUCUUGGAACAAGUUUUGUUUUACGGGAGGGAUUUUAGAAGCUAGUGUAUCGUUGCCAGGUGCUAGUAACAUUCAUGGUCUAUGGCCAGCCGUUUGGGCAAUGGGUAACCUUGGCCGUGCUGGCUAUGGUGCGUCUCUCGAAGGGAUGUGGCCGUAUACCUACGAUGCAUGCGACGUCGGGACUUUACCCAACCAAACUCUCAAUGGUCUUCCCGUUGCGGCGACUGAGAACGGUGAUCCUAACGAGAACGGAGUACUUUCCUUCCUCCAGGGUCAGCGACUGUCACGUUGUACUUGUCCCGGCGAAUCACACCCUGGACCAAUGCAUUCCGACGGGACGUUCGUCGGGCGCGCAGCACCAGAAAUCGACGUCUUCGAAGCAACCAUCUCGUUCGACACACCAGCAAAAGGACAGGUAUCGCAAUCUGGUCAAUGGGCACCCUUUAACGCUGCUUAUGCCUGGAAAAAUACGUCUGAUAAUUUGAUCAUCGUGGAUCCAACUAUCACGGAGUUGAAUAGUUAUGCUGGGAGUGCGUUUCAGCAGGCGACGUCUGGGUUGUCGUUUACGAAUCAGAAGUGUUAUGAGUUGUCGGGGGGGUGUUUUAGUGUGUAUGGGUUUGAGUAUAAGCCUGGGUUCGAUGAUGCGUACAUCGGAUGGAUUACGGAUGAUAAACUUGUGUGGCGACUCAAUGCAGCUGGGAUGGGACCAGACGACCUAGUGCAAAUUUCUGCACGUCCCGUUCCGCAGGAACCCAUGUACGUCAUCCUGAACUUGGGUAUCUCCGAACAAUUCGGGUUCGUCGACUUCGAACACUUAACGUUCCCAACGUCUAUGCGAGUGGACUACAUACGCGUAUACCAACGUCCAGACGAGAAGAACGUUGGGUGUGACCCACCGGAUUUCCCUACUGCAGAGUACAUCCAACAAUACCAAGAGGCGUACAUUAACCCGAACUUGACGACCUGGGUGGAUGAUUUUAAGCAGAAGGUCCCAAAGAAUAAGCUUGUUGAUCAAUGCUGAGUCGUCUUCACCCACACUCCGCUGCUCUCACUGCCCCAUCACCCUUGCUGACGUUGGUCUGGGAUUUAAAUAUUGUAUAUGUAAUUCUUUGGGGAUUCUGAAGAAUAAC